AUGCAGCUGUCCGGCCUCAUCCUCGCCGUCCUGCCGGCCGUCGCCUUUGCGCAGAGCGCCACCACACCUGGCGAGAGCCUCUCGACGACAACGGUCACGUCCACUGCCAGUGUCACCAAGACGCUCACUCUGUCCAGAGUCCACGUCGUCACCGUCGCCGCCAACUCUACCUCCUCUUCCACCGUCGGCACCACGUCCCACUUCACCUCUCCGACGCUGGCGCCCACUACUGCCACCGCCCCCAAGCCGUCUGUCAAGCCCGACAAUGCCGCCGGCGCGCUCGAUGCGACCCGCGUUGCCCUGGCUGGUGUUGUCGGUAUGCUCGCCGCUGCCAUGAUGUAA